AUGCCGGAGCAGAGUUCUAAGAGCAGUGCUAGUUCCGUGAAAGGCUUUAAGAAAGCCGUGACUAAAACUCAGAAAAAAGAGAAGAAGCGCAAGAGAUGUCGCAAGGAGAGCUAUUCAGUUUAUAUCUAUAAAGUACUGAAACAAGUUCACCCGGAUACUGGUAUUUCUUCAAAGGCUAUGAACAUUAUGAAUUCUUUCGUUACUGAUAUAUUCGAGCGCAUUGCAGAGGAGGCGUCUCGCCUGGUGCAUUACAGCAAGCGUUCGACUAUCACAUCCAGGGAGAUCCAGACAGCAGUGCACUUGCUGCUUCCUGGGGAAUUGGCCAAGCACGCAGUGUCCGAGGGCACCAAGGCUGUCACUAAAUAUAGUAGUUCCAAGUAA